AUGUUUGUCAUGCAUCGUUCGUCACCUGGUAUUGAGUAUAAUGCUCCAUGGAUCGAUAUCAACGACACCGGGCUCAAAAAUGUGGACAAUUUCGCCUAUCUUGGCAGCACGCUAUCUCGUAACACCAGAAUCGACAUCAAGACUUUGUGGAACCGUUAUGGUCUCCAACUGUCCACCAAAUUGAAGAUAUUGAAGGCCAUCGUCCUCACGACACUCUUCUACGGAGCGGAGACCCGGACUAUCUACAUCAAUCAAGCUCGGAAACUGAGCUAUUUCAAUUUUAUUUGCCUACGCCGAAUACACAAGCUGGGAUGGCAAGACAGGAUCCCGGACAUGGAAGUCCUAGAGAGGUAG